CUCUCUUCCAAGAUUUUUUUUUUCAAAGUCGACUAGCCCGCCAAAUCACUCGACGACAUAUUACCCAUGACUCGCUAUCUAGCUUUUAUCAGUUGACUUAAAGUACCGAAAGAUAACGUCUGGCAGGGGGAGAGAGAGUCAGGACUAUUGUUAAUGCCGCUUAAAGUGUUCCUUAAUGUUUCAGUAUCCCAGCGUAUAGAGAAAGAUCAGCACCAGGGCUUCUAUCUUCAAGACUAUAACUACACUCGUGUACCGGCUAGGUUUUUCUAAUAUAUUUUUUUUUCUGCGCAGACAAAAAUUGUCUUUAAAGAAAAAAAAACGUUUUAAUUAGCAUUUAUCUUCUAUUAGUAUUCAAUUUCAUUUUUUUUUUUCAAAUGUAAAAGUCUCUUUCCUAUUGGAGUUUACGAAAGCACCUCAGUGAAGUGGUUAGUGUUCAAAUUUCUUGACUUAAGGAUUACGUUGGCGCAUGUCUGCAAGUCGUCUGCUGGAUUAAUCAAAAGAAAUUACAACCUGACACACAACAUGCCAUCGCCUGAUUCAUGCAGAGACCCAGAUACAUUGUGACAACUGCCAGUAUUGGCUGACAUUUACCUGAAGGUACUUAGCGCAGCAUGUUAUGAUUUGUAGUGUCACAGCAUCACUUCUGGGCAUUCUUUAAAUGUAUUUUGUAUAUAAGUGCAACGAAUCUCAAGUCCUUGUUUGAAUAGCCGACUUAAUACACUAUUUUUGUCAGAAGGACUGAAAAUAGGCUAGUUUGUCAACAAGGCUGAAGUGAAAAUAAUACAGAAAACAAAGUUGGCAUGAAGUUGGUAAGGAUCGUCUGCUACAGGAAGAAGGACUAAGUUUCUGACCCUGACCCUGGAGCUUGUCUUGCAGUGAAUGAUCCAUGUAUAUCUUCUGCUCUUCAUCGUCUGCCCACUUGUUUACAACCCAACGUCGGAGUUCUCACUUUCGCGUCUGCUGUAAAUUCAAAGGCGGCUUCAUUUAAAUUCUAUCAAAUCAGAAAACAGUAUUAUUUCUUAUAAUUUUCACUCUAUCAUUAGGACGAUUCUCAGCCAGUGGAGUGUCGAUCAUUCGGACAUGGAUCCACAGUUCGAGAUGGCCGCCGUCAGGGGUCAUCGCUUCUCCGUCAAAGACCUUCUGGACCUUCCAGAAUCAAAGACUGCUGCCGCUCUGGUCUCUCCUUCGGGCAACGCAUGUAUGUCGCCGCCACGGGGGCUUCCGCACCCCAGGCCCAUGGCUCAAUUUCAUCCCGAAGGGGGAUCUCUACACCUCCGACAAGGGCGUCUGCAAAUACCGAUGCCCGGAGGGCUGUCCAACAGAGACACUGACAUUUCUGCAUUGCAGCAAUCCUAUUACGACAAUGACAAUCCAUACACUCGUUGGUUGCAGACAAAUGAGAGUAUACACUGCGGAUAUCUGAACACUAUGACGCCGCAAUCCCUCCACCACCCAGUGAACGCCACCAACAUCAGCAGCCCUAACAGUAUAGACAUGCACAGCGACACGUCCCAGCACGACAACCGCAGCAGCAACACGGCCACGCCCAUCAAGGACUGCUUCGAGGAGGAGGACGAGGACGACGAGGACGACGAGGACGGAAAGAGCGACUCAGAGAGCAAGCACAAGGUCAAGGACGCCGCCGACUCGCACAGCGACUCCAACAACGGCGACCCGCCCAAAAAGCGGAAACGCCGAGUCCUCUUCUCCAAAGCGCAGACGUACGAACUCGAGAGGAGAUUCCGCCAGCAGCGUUACCUCUCCGCCCCUGAAAGGGAGCACUUGGCCAGCAUCAUUAGGCUCACUCCCGUACAGGUGAAGAUUUGGUUUCAGAACCACCGCUAUAAGUUGAAGAGGUCUCGGCAGGAGAAAGGCUUGGCGGAUCUGAACCCUCUUCCCUCACCUCGCCGCGUGGCCGUUCCCGUCCUGGUCAAAGACGGCAUCCCUUGCCAGCGCCCGUCCGUGAACUCUUCCCUGAAGUCGUCAGAGCAUCAGCAUCAUCUGUCCAUGCAGGCGGGCAUGUCCAACAUGGGGAUGAACCACGGCGGGCUGAACCCCAUGACAUCGAUGAACGGUUACGGGCACAUGGGGUCCGGGGCGGCCUCCACCCUGGCCAGCUCCAUGUCUAUGAGCAUGAACAUGAGCUGCAGCUACAACAACUCCAUCAGCCACCUGAACGUCCCCAACGUCAACAACAUGAACGUCCUUCAGGGCUACAGCCACCCGUUGAUGCAGCCACAGACUAGAUGGUGGUGAUGGUGUGUACAGCCGGUGUGGGAUGCAUGAAUAUCUGUGAGCUGAAGGAUUAUUUGUGAGGUGAAUGAUUAUCUGUGAAGUGAAUGAUUAUCCACGAGGAACAUUUUCUUACGUGACAAAGGAUUGUCUGUGGGAUGAAGGCUAUCGUGUCAGUGCUGAUACAAUGAGUGCAUGUAAUAUGAAUGGUUGUCUGUUGAAGCGUUGAAAAGAAUGAUGCUUGUAAGUUUAAAAGAAUGAUGCUUGUAAGUUCAACUGAAUAACAGUGAUUCAAUACAAUGUCGGAAACAAUCAAUCUUAUGCUUGCAGUACGUUCCAACGAGCGUCAGCGCAUUCUCCUAAUGAGUGUUACCAUAAGGUUUAAUUAUAGACGAUGUAUCAGAAAUUUUUUUUAAAACUGUCCGUAAGUUUUCUCAAUUCACCAAAAGCAUUUAAGACAAAAAAGUAGAAACUUAAUUUGUGAUCAUGUUUGUGUUAAAAUAAUUUGAUCACCAAAAUAAUUACGUAGAUAUUCGAAAUAAAAAGUCGAUACGAUUUCUGUUCCUAUGUAUGGACGGAACAUGAAGGUCGUAUAUUAUUGUGAUUAUUUGGUACAGUGACUAUUGAUGCGUGUUGGCUUAGAGAGCGAAUGCCCUCUAGAGCUGCGUCUGGAAUAACUUAGUGACAUUUGAUGACGUCAGUGUGUGUGCGUGUGUGUGUGUGUUGAGAAUUAUUUUAAACUGGUCAAGACGACUGCAAUUUCAAUUUAAAAAAAAAACAAAACAACUUUUAAUUUCAAACAACUUUAAUAGUAACUGGCCUUAACUGGCAUUACUGGCCAUAACUGGCAUUUCUUACCUAAACGGACCUUACUGACCUUAACUGACAUUAUCGAUAACAGAUUUUUUUAAAAGCUCAAAUUAAUUGUAACAGUUCUUAUAUUUGUUAUUAUUUCGUCCAGUUAUGGUAGUGUUAUUAUUGUUGACAAGUUAACAUUAAUAAUGUGGGAAGAAAAAAAAUGGGGUGAUUUUGAGAACUAAUUCAUCAAGAUUUCUGUACAAAUUGUCUUUAAAGAAAAUAACAUUUGAUUGACAGAAUAUUGUCAUCAUAAGAAAUUGUGAGAGGUUAUACACUAGAAAUGAAUGAAAGAGACAGAGAGAGAAAGAAAAAGAGAGAGAGAGAGAAAAAGAAUUUGGUGGGAGGAGAUGGGGAGGGGGGACAGAGAAAAAUAACAUAUCUGAAUGAUUGAACAAACAAAAUCGGAAUGAUUGAACAAACAAAAUCGGAAUGAUUGAACAAACAAAAUCGGAAUGAUUUAACAAACAAAAUCGGAAUGACUGAACAAACAAAAUCUGAAUGAUUGAACAAACAAAAUCGGAAUGAUUGAACAAACAAAAUCGGAAUGACUAAACCAGCGAGAUCUGAAUGAUUUAACAAACAAGAUCUAAAUGAUUGUACAAAGAAGAUAUGAAUGAUUGAACGAACAGCAGAAUGCUUAAGCAAAAACGUUGGAGAUAAACGCGAGAAAUGUAACUGAAAAUGUUUUACGGGUAACAAUCUAAAUGUGUGUGUGUGUGUCUGUAUGUACACCUGACCAAGAGUGUAACAGAAUCUAAUUGUUUUUGAUUGUUGUGUUUUUGGUGACAUGUUAAUACUGUGUUCUUAUUGGACACACUAAUCUUGCUGUUACUUAUGCAAAAGUCAAACAUUUGUUUAUGAGCAACUGAAACAAAAAUGUCCGUCAGUUACCAGGACAAGCUUCACGUCAUGUGAUUAGUAAAUUAGGUCAAACUGGAGUUGACUUCUGCACAGUGUUACUAAGUGUGCUCUACAUUGUUUUUGUGUUUUGUGCGCCAAAUUUGUAGUCAAUAUAAAAUUUCGUUGACAAUGUGUCCGCGGUAAGACGAUAGACCUAGCAAAGUCUGUGAAUUGAACUUUUAUUCUUCUGUGGACAUUUUAUUUGUUGUUGUGGGUGUACUUCAUGAUUUGUUGGAUUCAACAAUUCAAUCCCAUUAUUUUGUAUUCACUCUCAUACAGUUUUGUUGAUGCAAUGUUCUUAAUUAUGAGAAUAAAUUCUUUUUUUUUUAAA